UAUUUGAAGGAGCCAACUAGUUGCGCGAAGUAAUUUAGGAUGCGACUGUGGUCUGUCAAAGUGCGGUCAUGAACACCCCGGAUCGUUGUUCGACCUCAUCAUUCGGCGGUGCGUCCGUGAAGGUUCUACGCAGAAGUGCGAGGAAAAAUCCGUGCAUUACACCGAAGCGACUUUUCAUUGAAGAAUCCAGGAAAGCUGCCAAAGGAAUUAAGCCGAAACCGGAGACUGCACCCUUCUGGGAUAAUAGUAUCAGAAGAGAAGGAAAAAGCCUGACAAUACACGAACCGCUUGCGCAAGCUAUCCGGAAUUCAGCGUUAGAUCUCGCUCUCGAAGUCGGUUUUGAAUGAAGCCGAGUGGAAGUAUCCUCACGUUGGCGAUUUACUUGGCAAUAUGUAAUACAUCGAACUGUCGAAGAUUUCCUCGAAUGUCAAUAUGCCGCCGGCUUUGAUGAAUCAAUCGAUUUAUUUAGAAAAGAAAAAGCCCGAAAGUGUCGUUCGAAAAAUAGCAGCUACGGUAAUUGAUCGUUUCUCGGAAGACAUAAUUCUGAGGUGCAUCUGUGGACAGCGCUAUUUAUGUAAUAAGAAUGCAUUCGAAGGAGACCAUUUCACCAGUCUCCUUCUGGGAACAUUAAUGUGGCUUCGUGGUCCGGGGAGCGGAUGUUGCGGCAGUGGCGACAUUGCUCGGAACGAUUCGGCGAUAAUAAUCAUCUAUCCCUCGGAAGUGAAAUAUGGAGUUCACGGGAAAAAUGUCGAGGAAGUGGGAGUUGGUGCGAAUGAAGAUGCAGGACCUGAUUCCGAUCGUAAAUUUGAGACAGCAGUAGUUAAAUCUCGACGCGGGACAGACUACGAUGCGGAAUUUUCAGAUGGCUCUCAUGUCGUGGUUCCAAGGAGCGUGUCUUCGCAUGCAGUUCGCCGCAUUGAGUUCCAGCCUGGAGAUCUGGUAAAGCUGACUCUUGACGACUCGAGAACUGUUUGGAAGUGUGAACCAUGGCUUGAACAUUGGCCAGAAGCUACUCUGAAUUCUUCGGAGGUCUCGUACGAAGGCAAAGUUGCGCUAUUAACGGAAGAGCAGCUAGAACUCGUUAGAUCAUUUCCGACUUGCCUUAAUGUUACUGUGAUAAAAACAAGUUCUCCAGAAUCUGAUGAAAAUUGGAGAGCAAUCGAAUUGAAGCGUUUAUUGCGCAAAUCAUGUGAAGGCAAAUCUAGCGGUAUUCUUGAGAACACCUAUCACGAAGAAAUUCAUGUUAAUUCUGGACUUAGUUUUGGCCGCGUCGCACUCGGUGAAAAAUCUAAACCUCUUGACAUCAAGAUCGAGAACGUUGCCGAACAUGAAAAUACACUCAUGGACAUUAUUGUGGAUGUUGGUGAUAUCGUCGUCAUCGAAGGGAUCAAACGCCCAUUUUUGCCGAUCCAUUUAAAGCCGAAAGAGGCGAAGUUCUUCGCGGUGCAUUGUGACAUGACGGGGGAUCGUUUGCCGCCGAAUGAUCUUGGCGGAAUCAUCUUCAAAUUUUCGAGAUUUUCAAUUUAUCGCACUCUGCGUGCGCAGUUUGACAGUGCAGACUCACCUUAUCACAAUGAGAUUUUUGGGAAUCCUCUGGAAAAAACCCGAAUCAUCUCCUGUCAGAAAAAAGCCGGUCCCAGGCGAUUCACUCAUUUCUUACCUUACAAUAUUGAUCAAAAUCUCGUUAAAGCUGUUUUCAACGGACUGCCUAUUGAUCCCUACGUUUCUUUUGGGAAACUUCUGAACAUCGACUCAUAUCGGAGUCAUUUGGAAGGUCUCGUUUAUCUGGAAGAGAUCCAUGAACGCCAGAUUUUUGAUCAACACAAGCUUGAGAACGUCCGAUUGGUAAAAGAAGUCCCGGCAAAUUUCCUGCUCGACCUUUAUGAAAUCCUGAGAAGCAAGGAAGAUCAGACUUUUGGAUUUCUUGACGACCGAUGUGGGAAAACAGAGGAUAAAUGCAACCAUGCAGAUGAAAGUAAUCUGCGCUCCGAAAUGGGUUCCUCUGGACUUGUGAAGCUGCUCAGAAAAGGCAUGAAAGUCGUUGUUUCAAGUGCCAUUCAGCGAGGUGCGGAUCAACAUAACGGAGGAAAGCAGUUCGAAGGAGAGGUCAUCAAAAUAGAAGAUUUGCGUCUGCAUCUUAAAUUCAACGACGAAUUCCAUCGCAGUGUUUCGCAAAGCACUCGAGUGAAUGUACGUUUUUUGGAGCAACUGGCAUCCUACAAACGCAAACACCAUGCCAUUCAGAUCGCUGUACCUCAAUUGGGCGCGGAGGUCUUGUUUCCCGUUUCGAGCACAACUGAUUAUGAACCCGUGUUAGAUCUUCACGAUGAUAAAACCAUGCGCCCAACUUAUUGCCCUCGUUUCUGCCAAACCGACGGAGAGGGAUCAGUGACAAUGUUUACUCCUGAAGAGGAGGAUAAGGGUCGUUACACGAUUCGUUGGUUUAAUCAUGAUUUGAACGACGGCCAACGUCUAGCUGUGAUGAAUAUGUUUAUGUCAAGUACAAGAGCGCCGUACUUGUUGUUUGGACCUCCCGGAACGGGGAAAACUGUCACAAUUGUGGAGGCCAUCAUGCAAACUUUUCAUAUGCUCCCUAGCUCGAGAAUUCUGGUCGCUCUUCCGUCAAACACUGCUGCGGACCAAAUUUGUUCUGGAUUGGCAGUUUAUGUCCAGCGCGGUUGGUUGAGGAAAUCAUCCAUGAUUCGAUUUCUGUCGAAGACGAGGGAAAUAACUUAUCUUCCUCGAGAAUGCGAAGAAUUCGUCUUGCUUAAUGAAAAUGACACGAGCGAUGCAACUGAUGUGAAGCUGCAGGAUGCACGCAUUGUUAUCGGCACGUGGUUCAUGUGUGGAAGCUUAAUCGUCAAGUGUCCAAGCAAUCGCUUUUUCACGCACGUUUUUGUGGAUGAAGCUGGGCAUCUGACUGAACCGGAGGUGUUGGUACCGUUGUCUGUCAGUUCGAAAUUGACGAGAAUUGUUCUGUGUGGGGAUCCGCAGCAGCUUUCACCUGUUAUUCUAUCACCCCUUGCCAAACAGAAGCAAUUGGGCACUUCUCUUAUGGAACGUCUAAUGAAUACCCAGGAUGUGUAUAAGAAAUCUUCUGCAGCACCAGGGAAUGCUGUGUAUGACCCCAAAUAUGUCACGCAGUUGGUCCUGAAUUAUCGUUCACACGAGAUGAUCUUAUCGUUGUAUUCCAACUUGGCAUAUGGCGGGCUUUUAAAAGCGGCCUAUCAACCUGAUGACAAUUUGGAUUGGGUGCCACAAGAGUACAAAAAGUAUUACCCAUUUUUGGUAUAUGCAGUUCGUGACGGUGUUGUUUCCAAGAGCAAGACCAGUCCAUCACCUUCGAAUGCCGCGGAGGCACGGGUCGUUGAAAGGGUUGCCAAAGCAUUCAUGAGGACCGAGCAUAUUCGUGAAGAAGACAUUGGCAUUGUGACACCAUAUCGCCGCCAAUGUCACGAGAUCCGUACAAGGCUUCAGGAACACCAGAAAAUCAAAGUCGGUACCGUGGAAGAAUUCCAGGGCACGGAAAGAAAAAUCAUCAUCGUUUCACUCGUACGAACCAAGAAAAAUGUGUCGUGGAAGUACUCCGGCUUCUGGGAAAAUUCCUUUUUUGCUUCCAAGAAACACACCAACGUUGCGAUCAGCCGUGCCAAGAGUUUCCUUAUCAUCGUUGGUGAUCCGGGUCUUAUGGAAAUGGACGAAAAUUGGAGACAACUUCUGGCAGUCGCCCGUUCCAACGAACUAAAACAUAUGCUUGACUCACCUGUGAGACGUUGAUAACGAUUACCGUGUUAGAGGUUAUCGUAAAUAUCGUUGUUGAAAUUUGGUGAAGUUCAGUGAAUUGCGGCGUUUCUUUUCUCCAUCAUGCUUUCAGUUGGAAGACGUUCAGUUAAUUCUUGUACGUUUUUGUUCUCAAUUCGAUAUGAUGCGUUGAAGUUUGUCCAUUCUAUAUUUUGUUCUGCUUAUACUUUUCACCAAGACGUGUGAUGGAAUUAUUUUAAGAUUCUUGAAAAAUUCAUUUGUAUAUUUCAAAAUCUACAAUUUUUAUAAUUUUGGGAAUUUUUUUCCGACUAGACUGGAUCUUUUUCAAAGUCACAGUCUUGACUUGAGUUCCACUCGCGUCAACCCGAAAGAAGUACGGACAUUACAUCAGUUAAUAGUACGGAUUAUCCGGAUAAAAAAAUCUUGUGCUUGUUCGAAUUUUUUGCGGGUCGUACUUGGUAAUGAUUUUUUCGAAUUUCUCCGCGGAAUGUGACCUGAAUGUUUCUACGAACGAUCGAUCGAAUGAUUUUGA